AUGGAUAGCAUGAGUGAGGCAUUUGAUCAAAUGCAAAUGGUCAAGGAUGUUCUAGCCAACAGUGAUAAAGUUUCAGAGGUCCUACAAGAGUCUACUCAUCAGUUCAACCUGCUUACUUCACCCACCUUCCUACCAAAGGUCAAGGAUCAAGGGAAAUUCACUCUCCCUUGCACACUUGGGCAUCUUGAGAUUGACAAUGCCUUAGUGGAUUCUGGAGCAAGCAUCAAUCUGAUCUCUCUCUCCAUGGCAGAGAAGCUAGGCAUUGCUGGAGCCUUGCAGCGCCCUACUACUUCAAUCAUGUUUGGAGAUGCAACUUCUAAGUCUCCUCUUGGAGUGUUCAAGAACUAUCACUUGAAAAUUGGAGAAUGCAUCAUCCAAACUGAUCUCACUGUGAUGGAAAUGGAAGAAGAGAAGGAUUUGCCUCUGUUAUUGGGAACCCCUUUCCUUAGUACAGUUGGCGCUUCAAUAGACUUUCACAAGCAAGAAGUGAUCCUUCACAAGGUGAAUAGUUUGGUGUCAUAUCGCUUGCAGCCUAGAGGUUCAGACUUUUGUGCCACAAUUGACAGUACCAAUCUCAGUUCUAAGAGUCAUGGAGCUACAAAGGUUGUGAAGGAAAGGGUUGACAAGGAACCAAGAGUUGGGAAGGAUAAGGAUGAGAGAGGACCAAGGAUUGAGAAGCCACGUCUUGAGAGGGCUAGAGUUGAGAAACCACGAUCUGAUAGGCCAAGAGCUGAUCGACUUGUUCAAGCCCCUUGUGUGCUUGAUGAAGAGAGCCUUCAAGCUUUGUUUGAUGAGCCACUAGGAAGGGCUCUAAAAGAAGGGGAGGAUGCAGCCUCUAAGGCAAGACCAGGGAUAAAAGAAAGGAUCCACCAGCUCAGGCCCCUUCAGUCAAGCCAUCUCAGCUCACAAUGA